AGAGCAUCGAUCGCUCGUGUCGUGCUCUUUCCGACCAGUCCGCGGCAGCCUCGCUGACAGCGUGUCGCCAGUGCGCGUGUGUACACCGUUGUCCGGCUAUCGAUCCGUCAGCGGAGCCGCAUUGCCGUACAUUCCGGAGGCGGUGCCUCGCCUAGUUUUCGUCGAUCGUCGGCGUGGCGGGCGCGUGUCGGCGUCGGCGGCGGCCCGGGGCGGCCCUGCGCAGUAGCGACCAAGUGUAGCGCGGGAGCGACCGACCUUUCUUCCGCCAAAACCGGCUCGCUGUCCGCGGCGGACGGCUGUGAUGUAGCCGCGGCCGGCGCGAGCGGCCUUCGGACAAAGGACCCGCUACUCGAUUAUUCGCGAUGAAGAAGUUCACGUUCAAGGGGGUGCUCGACGGGUUCCGCAGCUCGGUGCAGGCGGCCCCGCGAGGCACCGAGCAGGAGAUCCAGGAGACUUUGCGUCCCGAUCACUUCCAAAUCAAAAAGACAUUCCGGCACGGGUUCCCGUUCUCCCCGACGGCGCUGGCAUGGGAUCCCAUACAGAAGCUGCUCGCUAUAGGCGACAAGGGCGGCAACCUCAGAAUUCUGGGCGGUCCCGGCGUGGACUCUCACGUGAGACACGAGUGCGGCGAGGCAGUGCUGCACGCCAGGUUCCUGGUCAACGAGGGAGCGCUCGUCACUGCCACCGCUGACGACCAGCUGCACCUCUGGACCUUCCGCCAGAAGUCCCCGCAGCGGCUGCACUCCCUCAAGUUCCAGAGAGAAAGGAUCACGUGCCUGCACCUGCCGCUGGCGUCGAAGUGGAUCCACGUGGGCACGGAGCGCGGCAACGUGCACGUCGUCAACAUCGAGACCUUCGCGCUCUCCGGAUACGUCAUCAACUGGAACAAGGCCAUCGAAGUCACGAGGCCGAACCACCCGGGAGCAGUGGUGGAGAUCAGCGACAACCCACUCGAUGCCAGCAAGUUGCUGAUAGCGUUCGAGACGGGCCUGGUGGUGGUGUGGGACCUGCGCGCGCGCGCGGCGGAGUGGCGCGGCGCGCUGGGCGGCGGCGGGCCGGCCGACGGCGUGCGCGCCGCCGCCUGGCAGCACGACGGCAAGCUCAUGACGGCGCACGCCGACGGCGCGCUCGCCACGUGGACCACGCGCGCGCCGCGGCCCUCCUCCCUCUCCUACCCGCAUGCAAAAGCAAAUAAAGAUGGCAAACUAGAACCUUGUAAACCUAUCCUCAGACUGGAAUGGAAGACCUCGAGAACAGGAGAGAGCCUGGUGAUAUUCAGCGGCGGUUUGCCGACGGACAAAGCGGGGCGCACCCACAGCAUCACCGUGCUCAACGGCAAGUCCACCACCGUCCUCGAGAUGGAACACAGCGUCGUGGACUUCGUCACGCUCUGCGAGACUCCGCACACGGCCGACUACCAGGAGCCCUACGCGAUAGUGGUGCUGCUGCAAAACGACCUGGUGGUGAUCGACCUGCAGUCACCUGGGUACCCUUGCUUCGAGAACCCCUACCCCAUGGACAUCCACGAGUCCCCCGUCACCUGCUGCUCAUACUUCGCGGACUGUCCGUCAGACCUGAUCCCAGCGUUCUACUCAGUGGGCCGGCAAGGUAACAAGAAGCCGACGGGCUUCAGCGAAAAGCUGUGGCCCAUCAACGGAGGCGAAUGGGAGCCCGCGUCCUGCUCAUAUAACGAAAUUAUUCUGACCGGGCAUGCAGACGGCAGUGUAAAAUUUUGGGACGCAAGCGCUGGGACCUUACAAAUUUUGUACAAAUUAAAAUGUUCUAAAGUGUUCGAGCGCCGGUCGGGGGGCGCGGGGGCGGGGUUCGAGGAGGACAGUCCGCUGGCCAUCCAACAGAUCGCGCUGUGCUGCGAGUCCAGGCGCCUGGCCGUGGCCCUGCCCCACGGACACGUCGUACUCUUCAAGUUCCGCAAGGCUGACACACACGCAGAGACACAUGUGUUGGAGAUCCCGAUGAUAUCUGACGUGCUGGAGGAGGAGUGCUCGCCCGAGCCGGACGCGGCGCGCUCCAUGUCCUUCAGCCGCGGCGGGGACGGAGCCGACGGGGAGGCCAGGAGAUCAGGUGUAUGGGCGGGCGGGGGCGGGGGCGCCGGCGCCCAGCUACGCGUGCGCGGCGCCGAGGGCACCGGGGGCGCCCGCCGCGCCGCCGGCUUCCAGCCCACGCUGGUGGCGCUGCAGCAGGCCGCGCCGCACCCCAUCGCCGCGCUCACCAUCAACUCGUCGUACGGCCUCAUGGCGUGGGGCGGCGAGCGCGGCGUGGUGGUGCUGGACAUGUCGCGGCGCGCGCUGCUGUGUGCGCACGCGCCGGCCGCGCUGUACCUGGCGCCCGCGCCGCCGCCGCGCCAGCCCGAGCGCCAGCGCUCGCCCAGCCUGGACCAGCUGGAGGACAGCGCGGCGCGGGCCAGCCCCGGCGCCAGCCCACACGACGAGCCCGACGAGCCCGCCGCGCCGCCCGAGCCCGCGCCCGACGCAGCGCCUGACGAUAAGCCCAAACUCGACACGAGAAGGAAAUCUACCACCUGGAAGAAUUUCAAUCUGAAACGACAACUCUCUAAAGUGGAUCUCAAGUUCAAGGCGGCAUUUGCGGCGCCCACCGAGAAUAAUACCGAGGAGAUUAAUGCAGAGAAAAGCAACUCCCAAUUCUACUGCGAAGCCCCGGAUCGGGCGCCAGUAGCAGCGCCGGAGCGAGGGCCUGAGCCGAGCGCCGGCGAGUCGCCGCCGGGAGACAUGUACGAGCGCAUGCACCGCGAGCUGCAGGAGCGCUGGAUCGAGCAGGACACGCCGGCGGGGCCCGGACUGGCGCCCGGCGGCGCGGCGCGGCCCGACUGCCUGGCGCUGGGCCCCCGGCGCCUGCUGGGCGUGCCGCGGCGCGAGCGGCCCGGCGCGGGCUCGCUGGGCGGACUCAUGCGCCGCUUCAGGGAGUUAGUAGCGUGGCUGUGCCCCGUCCGCGACUCGAACGGCGACCAGGCGCACGAGCAGACCGCCAGCGUGGCGCAGCGCAUAGACAAGCUGGACAGCUCGUUCUCGCGCUCGCGCUCCAGCUCCAUGUCCAGCCUGGAGAACAUCUCGCAGGAGGGCAUCCAGUGCCUCGCCUUCGCUGACAGCUAUACUAAAAAGUCUGACCCCACGGCGCUGACUCCGACGCUAUGGAUCGGCACGACGCUGGGCUCCGUGCUGACGCUGAGCAUCACGCUGCCCGAGGCAGAGCUCCGCCACACGCAGCCCGUGCACGUCACCACCAGCGGUGGUCCGUUGUUUAGGUUAAAGGGUUCAAUCCUAACUAUGUCAUUUCUUGACUGCAAUGGUGCUUUAAUACCUUACUCUUACGAAAGUUGGAGAGACGACAGUAAAGAUGUGAGAGACCGGCGCGAGCGCACGCCCACGAAGCAGAGCUCGUCCAGCAGUGGGAGCCGCAUGAGUCCCACGCCGGGCGCGGACGUGGCCGGGGACCGACAGUUCGUGGUGGUGGCCUCCGAGAAGCAGGCGCGCGUCGUGGCGCUGCCCAGCCAGAACUGUGUCUACAGGCAACAGAUCGUAGAGACUGACUUCGUCGUCAAGGCCGAAAUUGUUAGCUUGAAAGACAGCGUAUGCUUGGUGAACUACUUGUCGACGGGCCACCUGGUGGCAUACAGCCUGCCGUCUCUGCGGCCGCUGGUCGACGUGGACUUCUUGCCGCUGUCAGAGCUCGGCUUCCAGACACAGUCCAAACAGAGGGGUAUCGUAGACCCAAUGCUGUCCAUAUGGGGCCAGCAGCUCAUUGUUAACGAGGACACCGACCAGAUUGCGAAGACUUUCUGCUUCAGCAACAGAGGUCACGGCCUGUAUCUAGCGUCCCCUACAGAAGUACAGAAGUUCACCAUUGACGCUGAGUUCUGUCAGCAGCUGAACGAGAUGAUCGGCGAGCUGUUCCUGCCGCGCGACAUGCCCGAGCCGCCCAAGGAGAGCUUCUUCCGGGGCCUGUUCGGCGGCGGCGCCAGGCCUCUCGACCGGGAGGAACUAUUCGGCGAGAGUAGCGGCAAGCCCCUGCGCACCGUGGCCAAGCACAUCCCGGGCGGCGCCGCGCCGCUGGACGCGCUGGGCGCGCGCGCCGGCUCCGCGGCCGCCGACGUGGCGCGCGCGCACCAGCUCGUGCUGGAGCGCGGCGACAAGCUGUCCCAGCUGGAGGACCGCACGGAGCGCAUGCACAACCAGGCGGCCGAGUUCUCGUCGUCCGCGCACCAGCUCAUGCUCAAGUACAAGGACAAGAAGUGGUACCAGCUGUGAGGCGGCCGCGCCCCGGGGCCGGGUCGAGCGCCGCCGCCCGCCGCGGUGCGGGUUCGACUCCGCGAGGGGUUCUGGCUGUCGUUGAAUGCCACAGAGUGCUUUAUUCUGAUAUUGUAAUAGCGCGACGAUCGCUUCAGUCCCGCGGCCUGGCUCCCGGCGCGCGGUCUCGUCGAACGCACAAACAGUACUCCGAGAUGUCCCGGCUCCGCUCCACGUCGGUGCGUGUACGCGACGCCCCGGCCGGCUCGCUCCGCAUCCGGUCGAGCGAUGUGAUAAUGUAAAUAAAUCGAAACCAUUCAUAAAUACUAAUUUACUUAAAACUCUUUUUAUACAAGUAAUACAGUAGUGUCCCGCCGGUAGCUGCAGCAAGUCGCCCUGCUCCCUGCGUCCACUGCAGCAAGCUACGACCGACCAUUCGUUACAUCACUAUACAAUAACGUCGCGACUGCGAGACUAGUGCUGCCAGCUCUCGGCUACAGGAGAUUAAUUCAAUGUUGCUAUUACAUACACGUAGGUGUACAUUUAUAGAUACAAAUAAAGUGUAAUGUGUAAGGAUAGUCGACGAUGUUGAUCUGUAUAAAGUAGGUAAAAUAAUAUAAAGAAAAUAAUAAAUUAUAAAGAUUGGAAGUUUAAGCAUUGGAUGACAAUAAUUUUUGUUACUUCUCACUGGAGAUUACUUUGACAGCAGACGCGUAGUUUCCUUUCAGUUCGACCCACGUGUCGCCGCGCCGCAAGUUGUCGCGAGCGCCUCGUCUCCUUGCUGACUGCUAGCACUUGUUGUAUAUUGUAUCAGAGUAUGUCGAGUUAUAUCAGAGUAUGUCGAGUUAUAUCAGAGUAUGUCGAGUUAUAGCAAUACUGCGGGCUGUCGCUGCUGCCAGCCCACAGGAACCAGACCAAUCGGUGUCGUAUCGGUGUUGCUAGCUAAAAUUAAACAGAGUAAAAAAGCGAUAACUAUCAUGUAUAAAUUAAUAAUAAUAUAAAGCUACGUUGUAUAUCGCCGGUAUUGUUUAAGUGAGCGGCGAGGGACUGGUCCCGCAUGCCACGUGGCAGUGGUCCAGUCGGUCGGCGCUAUAAGUCGAGUAGUAAUGUAUCGGUGUAUCGCGGCAAUAAUCUGUCCUGUCUGUGCCACUACAUGGCGCGCGCCGCGACUGUACCCGCGUGUCUCAGUCGAUGGCCUUCCUUACUAACUUAGCUUCAACAUUGUAUCCCUUAGCUGUGCUACUUCACUUUGUAAUUAGUUUUAUUUGCAGACAUACUCCGUGUACGGAUGAUGUCGGAUGCCAAACUGUGUACUCUUCUAUUGUUCAUGCUGUUAUAAUUAAUUGAUAACGUAAUGAAUACAAAAUAGUAAUCGUGUAAUAAGUUGAUGUAGUGCGGACGUGCUUGUCACGCGCUGUCCCAGUACAAUAUCACUGUUUUAACCAAAUUAUUUUGUUACGUAGUCGUCUCGGACGAAUUUUAUUCAAGGAAUAUUUUCAUAAUAAAUUUUACAGAAUUUUAUGGCUCAAUCAGACUAAAAAGCUAAAGCGUAAUUAACGUAAACUCUUAUUUCGGUUAAGCGGCCCCACGCCGGCAUGGCGCCGCCGCCGCCGUAUUGUAUUCGAAUGGCAUAUCAGUGGUACCUAUAUAUCACCGUAACUGACUUUAUGGUAAGAUCAUAUAGUUUUGAGAUGCCGCUUUCCACGUUUUCUACUUACCUUUAAAUAUGAUAUAUAUUGUAAGAGCGGAAGUAUUAUUUCUCUGCGUCAUGUAACACUAUGCAUAGGAAUGAUCAGUCUCUAGGACAAAUGUCUAGCCGACAGUUCUAUACAUACAAUGCUCGCUAAUAGAAUUUAUUUUUAUCAUAGAAAUAUAAAUAUUGAAACCAAGUUUCAUCGUUGAUACAGUAAAAUUUAUUUGAAUAUAAUUAAUAUUAUUAUGAGCCUUCUGCCCGCAGCCGCCUACGUAGUAGCGCGCGGCUGCGGACAGAUGGCGCUCGCCACGCGCGUCUAGUCCUCGUGAUGUCACCUCGUGUCGCCAUGUACCUCAUGCUCCGUGCAAUAUUAUAACUAUUUACAUGUAAAUGACAAGUUAAGUUUCUCAAUUCUAUUACUUGUUACUGAUAGAGGAAGUUCGUUGCAUGUAGUCGACAGUCUGCGUAACGCAACUAGCGUUGCUAGCGCACCACGGUUCCAUUACACACGCUGACGAUUCAUUUGGAAAUUAUGGGACUAAAAUAUAAAUAUAAGUAUUUGUAAAUAAAUAAUAAAAGAAACAAAAAUCUUGUGGCAAAUAUUACUUGUUAUGUAACGACGACGUGUAGAGUUCAUUUCAAUAUGAUUUUGUAUGAUUAGAGGACGAGUGUCUCUUGUCUAAUCGUUCAGAAACGAGGGUCAUAAACAAGUAUAAAACUAUACAUAUUGUAUAUAAUGGAUGCUGUUGAAUUAUAUUGAUUAUUUAGUUUGGUAGAUGAUUAUUAUAGUCAUUAUAUAUAAAUAAAUUAUAAAAUAUGAAAAUAAAAUUAUA